CAUCUCUUUUCUCGCAGACAUGCUUUCGCCAUCCCGCACGCUUCCGCAAUCCAGCUCGCAGCUGCAACCUGCCCCGCACCACCCGCAGUCUCAGCAACAGCAAAGACCCGCCAGCCGACGAAGUGCCUCGUCCGGGUCGGAUCUGCUGCAAACGAAACUGCGCAAGCUACUCAACACCGCCGACAGCAAAGAGACAAUAAUUCCCUCGGAUAUGGCCCUCAAUUCUAAAUACGGCGGUCCGCAAACGCUGGAGACAACCUACAUCAGCGGAGCCGGCAUGUCCGGCAACGAUUGUAUCGGGUACAUCCAGCCACCGAAGAAUUACCAGCAGCAACUGACCGUACACCCGGAACAGCCGAGCGACGUUUCGGUGUUCUUCCCCAGUGCGUUCCUAUCGCCUCAAUCGCUGCCACCGCAUGCGGCAGCGGAUGAUGAUCUCUACCUGUACAGCGUUCACGAUAGUCUGGUGCUCACGGAUGACUACCGUGCUAUAAGUCCACCGGCGGAAUACGCCGAGAACAGUGCUUCACCGGAGAAGCACAAUAGCAGUCAUAGACCCUAUCGUUCUAGCCGCUACAACUACCAACGAUCGUACUCGCAUUCCCAAGCGGUAGCCCAUCAGGACGAAUCCGACUACUCGCCUACGCAGUCGUACAACAUCAACAGCCACAAGUCACUUCCCGAUCUGCACUCCCAAAUCAGUCGUCAUUCGCCGCACUCGGAAGCGCUGAGUUGCUGUAGUCGGGGCAACCGCUCCAAUCGCUCCGGAAGCUCCUUCAAUCGUGACUCUGGGGGUUCAUCCGGACAUUACACUCACCACAGUGAACCCUGCUGUAAGCAACAGCAACAGCAGCAGCAGCUACAACAACAACAACAGCAACAGAAAGAAGCCCUUAUGAUGGGCGGAGGAGCGGAUUACCGCCGUGACAGCGGAUCGUCCACGCAACAUAGCGGUAACUCAUACUACGCCUAUGGAAUUCCACCUCUGAGGUACGACUGCAUCGAAUGCCGCGCCAAGAUUCGAGAGGAAGCAGACUGUCUGCUGAAUUUCACUACCCCUGAAGUUCCGGAGGCCUUCCAGGACAACUACAGCGAAAAGCAGAAACAAAAGUACUACGAUGAACCACGAGAUCGCGGAUCGGCAUCUCGCAAGUACUACAAGAACCCCGGACCAAUGUCGCCGCUGUCUCCGGUAUCGCCACUGUCACCCCAGGAUCAGCAACUGGAUCUUAGCCCUCCUUUGGGGACGUUCAAGCGACAGAAAUGCCUUCGGUUUAAGAAUCGCGGCCGCCAGUCUGCCAUCAGCAAUCCGAACUCCCGCUGCGGAGAUGGUCGUGGAAGCUCCGGUGGAGACGACGAUCGCCGGCCGAUACUGCGAUCGAAGAGCGACAUCAGCGAUCGCUACUGGAACCGGCUUUCCGAGAGGAAUGAUCGCGACCGUGAUCGAGAAAGAGAGCGAGAACAGCAGAAACUCUUGGAGAAGCAGCGAUCGCGAUCGGACAGUCUAACACAGCUGGAACAUUUCUUCGACCGACUAGGCUUGAACGACGAAACCUACGAGCGAUACAUCGCUCCCAAAGGUCGCAAAUCCCCUAAUUACAAGUCCAGCUCGGGUAGUGACAUCCAUCGGUUAUCGCCGGAGGAUACGGGUGACUCGGACGAAUCCAGUGCCGUGUUCUUCUCGGACGUGAGUACGAUCGAUUCCACCCGGCUGCCGGACAGUACGGAAACGACCAACGAACAACCGCCGAGUGGCGCCCCCGGCCAGCUGGCCGCAGCAGGUCAACUCAAUAGUCUGAACAAUCCGGCCCUGUACCGGCCCAGCGAACCGCCGUCGAUAAUCGAACGGAACGCUCGGAUCAUCAAGUGGCUGUGCAACUGCAAGAAGAUGCAGCUAGCCUAAGGGUGGCUUACGGGGGACCAACUGCUGCCGACGGAAUAUAGUUACGGACAUUCUUCAAAACCAGGACGCUUUAGAAUGGUUUGAACGGAACUAGGACGGGAACUUACCUUAGGGACGAGAAUCGCGAGCGGCGAUCUGAAAGAAGAGAAAAGAUCGAUGGUCAGGUCGGUUACGUGACGAUUAAUCUCGAGUUGCGUCAAGGGAGGGAAGCAAGUUUACUUGAACUGGAUAAAGUUAAAAUUUCCAGGCUGAGCAAAACUUGUGUCACUUCUGAUAGACUACAUUUGGAAGUUUGUAUUCGUGGAUUGUACCAUUCCACUCACUCACAACUCUCACGUUUUCAGUUUUUCAUCUAAAACUAGUUUGUGUUUUAUGUUUGAUAUAGUUUUGUUUAAUGUUUAAAAACUCAUUCAGGCGUUUACCAUGUUUAUUUACAAUUUCAACGAGUUUUUUUUUUCAGUUAGUAACAAAACAAAUGGACUUAUCCACCGAUGAACCGAAUUCAUUAAGCAUGCAACAAAACAAAUGGACUUAUCCACCGAUGAAACAAAUUCAUCGCAGUCCGAGAAUUUUGACACUAGAGCGGGACCAUAGACGAGUGCACCGAUGAACUGAAUUCAUCGCGAUCCGAGAAUUUUGAUACUAGAGCGGGCCGCUUUCAAUCAGAAGUAAACGAUUUCCAAUCAGAAUUGAACGGACCGCGAUGAAUUCAGUUCAUCGGUGCACUCGUCUAUUCCCAAUCAGAAUCGUCAAAAUUCUCGGACCGCGAUGGAUUCGAUUCAUCGGUGGAUAAGUCUAUGCUAACCUGGUGAACUCAGAGAUCAUACGGAUGAAAUGAACCAUUGCACGUGUUCAGUUCACUCGUUUGGCUUUGAACAGUGUGGUGUGGGUUAUCGAAACCAGUCAAGCGUCGAAAGUGUGAAGAUAGCGAACUCAUGAAAAGGUUCAUCCAAUUCUGAUUGGAAACGAGCCAGCUUUAGUGUCAAAAUUCUCAGUCCGAGUGAAUUCGCUUCAUUGCACAUUGGUCGGGCUCCAUACAAAGGGGCGGCCAAAACUCUCGAAAAACGAAAUUGAUAAUUUUAAACUUUAUUUCACCUUAUAACAAAGCUAAUGUACUGUACUUUUAUGAUUCUUAAUUAAAAGAAUACCAGCUUUUGUAUUUCAAUGACAUUUUCACUGCCAAAGUGGCCUAAGUCAUAAAAUUGAAAAAUGAAUUAUUCGAAAAUAGUAAAAUAAUAAUAUUUUGAGAAUGGAAUAUAUGUUUUAAGUUAUCCAGCAUAUGAAAGCUUGUUAUUGGACUGUUUGAAUGCACGUAUGGUGCAAAAUUAAUAUGUCACAAAACUUUUCAAAUUUUCAUAUAUUGUACCUUAGAAAUUUUGGGAUUUUUUAAGUUAAAAAACGGUUCGUGUCGUCACGUGUCGCCGCAAUUUCGAAUAGUACAUCUUAAACAUCAUGCUUAGAGCUGCCUAAAAACGUUUAAAUAUUUUGCAGAAAUUUGCUGUUUUUCAAUUUUGAGCUAUUUAAAAAAGUCAUGUUUUUUCAUAUAUUUUGCGAUAUUUUUCCAUUUUUUACUGAAAUAAAAUUUAUCUUUCCACAUUUUUCACACGUUCUGAACAAACUUGAUUGGAUUUGAUCGAAAGAUGAUCAUUUAUUUAAAUCCGAAUUGAUUUUCUAACAAAAAACGCAAAAAUAUGGGGUUCACUGUUUUUUACCGUUUUUGAAAUUAUUGAAAUUACGUAAUUUUUGAAUACCCCUUUUUAGACACUAAAAACACUAUAUACCAUAUCUAGGCAACCUAUAACUUCGAUUAAACACAUAAAAAGAGUUUUGGCCGAACUUUAUCUUUUUCCGACCAUUGUGCAUUGGUAUAGAUAAGUCUAUAUAUAGACACUGAGUAAACCAUGAGUAACUAUUACCAUGACUGAUGAGUUCCUUUCCAGAGUUGCCAAAAUCGCAUUUUGGUUUGAAGUUGAAGGGAAUGGUCUAUUAAUAUCCUAAGUUCAAACGUCAACUCGAGUUCAAUAAUGGUAAGCAGUGUGUAGCCCCCCGCUACGACUGGGUCGUGGGAUUCAGACAAAAAGAAAAAGAAGGAUUGAUUCGGAACUCGUGGAACCAAACUUACGAAGUGAAUUGACAAGUGAUUAAUAAUACUAGCGCGUAGAGUGUUUCGCAUAGCCAGUAGAGUCAGUAGGAAUAUUCAAAUCGAACGUUAAAUUGCUACCAACCAACCCCAGAAACAACAAAAAAAACUGUAAUGCAUGAAACCGCGUAGUCCGUAAAUAUGACCCCCAUGUAGGUGUGACGACUAGAACAAGACUUGUAGAGAGCUAUACACUAUAAGACGAAUCAAGAAAUCAAUACUAGCCCGCCCCGUUUUUUCAAGCAAAUUAUGUCAAUCAAAUUUCGAAGACUAAUCAAACCCGAACAUAGCGUUAAUACAAAAACACGCAUACACAAACAAUAAGAAAGGAAACCAAAGAAAAAGCAGACAAUUGAAAAGAAAAUGGAAGAACUUGAUUGGUCAGCGAGCAAGCAAAACAGAACAGAGAACGCAAACCAUAAAAGAAAACAAUUGAUAUAGUCCUGUAAGAAGACAACAGUCUAAUCAAACUUAAAAACUUCCACCGUAGUGAACCCCGAAGUCGAAUAGAAUUUACUGGUGUUGUUUUUUUUACGAAUGAAUGAAUUUUUAAAGUUUGUUGCAAUUAUUUUACCUGAUCUCGUCCUCUUGUGAAUGGUUUCUUUGGUUAUAUGGAAACGUUCUCAAAACAGAUGAUUCCAGUUAGAUUGUUCUGAUCGUUUUGUUAGGAUGAAUAAUACGAACUUUUAUUAAAAUGACAAAAGGCAAAUUUUGUACAAAUGAAUUGAGCUUCAGUUUGAUGGGUCUUAUAGGAAAAAUGGAAUAUGUAUUAGGCCUGUCCAGCUUUUCAAAAAUGUUCUCUGAUUCUCAAGUCCACCCCCAUAUUUUGAUUGGCAUCCUAAAAGAAGCAACUAGUCAAAAUUUCAGCCAAAUCCAUUAAAAUUAAGAGGUGCAUCAAAUCAAUUUUGUGUUUUUCGACUAUUUUUGAACUUCAAAAAAUCAUAACUACACUAAAACAUGUCAAAACUUAAUUCUUUCGGCAGAAAUUGAAAGCUAUACUUGUUUGCUACAACUUCUCCGAACAACGUGUGCCAAUAAAAUUGAAGGAAACAUGUGUAAUUAUCACAUUUGUAAUCAGAAAAACCUUAAAAAGUUGAUUUUUUGAUAGAUUUUGUUCUGGAAUACUCUAACAUACGUAAUAAGUUGGAUUUUUCAAAACGGCAUCAUAUUCUCCAAUGUUUUUUGGUUAUUUGCUUCUUUUGCACCUAUGCUGUAGGAGUUGAGCAAAAAUUACUAAAAUUCGUGAAAGCCAAAUGUGGCCUAAAAACUAGCUUUUCGGGUGCAAUCACGCUUUGGCGCGCAAAAAGUGGCAUCGCGUCAGCACUGAUAUGAUAGCCAACACAUGUCAUCGCGCUUGUUUGUUAUCACCCGUGGUAGGUGGUAGCCAAGGCAAACUACAAGGAAGCAAAGCUACUACGUUCAGUACAAUUUCGCGCCACAACGUGAUUGCCUCCAAAAAGCUAGUUUUUAGGCCACAUUUGACUUUCACGAAUUUUAGUAAUUUUUGCUCAACUCCUACAGCAUUGGUGUCAAAGAAGCAAAUAACCAAAAAACAUUAGAGAAUAUGAUGCCGUUUUGAAAAAUCCAACUUAUUAAGUAUAUUAGGGUGUUCCAGAACGAAAUCUAUCAAAAAAUCCACUUUUUAAGGUUUUUCUAAUUACAAAUGUGAUAAUUACACAUGUUUCCUUUAAUUUUAUUGGCACUCGUUGUUCGGAGAAGUUGUAGCAGACAAGUAUAGCUUUCAAUUUCUGCCGAAAGAAUUAAGUUUUGACAUGCUUUAUAGUAGUUAUGAUUUUUUGAAGUUCAAAAAUAGUCGAAAAACACAAAAUUGAUUUGAUGCACCUCUUAAUUUCAACGGAUUUGGCUGAAAUUUUGACCAGUUACUUCUUUUAGGAUGCCAAUCAAAAUAUGGGGGUGGACUUGAGAAUCAGAGAACAUUUUUGAAAAGGUGGACAGGCCUAAUAUGUAUCUAUGUCAAUUGAAUUCUGAUCAAAAUUCACUUUUGUUAGAAGAUUCUCGCGUUGGGCAACGUUGGAUGGAAUGCCUUUACGAUUGUACAAGUGUUCGUGCAAAUAAUUCAUGAUCAUCCACUACAAGUCAAUGGACGUGUUCACUCGUUUGAAAUGUCAUACUAGCCAACUCCUGUAUUUGUCCAUUCGAUCAUUGUUCAUGUUAAUGGACGAUAAGUCUUCUGAUUGGAAACGGUUCCGCUCCAGUGGCAAAAUUCUCUGAACGAGUGAAUUUUAUUUAUCGUUGAACAAUUUUACUCGACAAUUAGCUGUCACUUCAUCCACUAAGACAGCUGGCAGACUGUACUGAUUCAUACAUUGUAAAGAACUUGAGCAGGUUAUAGGCCCAGUCCUAACGUCUCUGUAUUAGGCACAGUGAACAUAUUGUAUAACCCUUUGAAUACCUUACUGAUACUAGGUUGAAUUUAUAUUGAGAUUCUGGUCUAUUUCAUGAAACUACAGCAAAAAACAGUUACUGAGAGUUAUUCAGAGAUGUUCGAGGUUACUCAAUAUCUGCUUUCUAGGUAAAAUCUUCCUGUCCGUGUGAUAGAAACAAAUAAUCCAAUGAAAUAAGAAGUACGUUCCAAUUCGAGAAUCUUCAAACAAAAACGACUCAAUUUAAAACAUACAUUUCACCCUUAUGUACUUAUAAAAGUUUAUCCAAGAAAAGCCCACACACAUUUUGGUACAACUAUCGAAAACAAGUUAAAGCAUAAAUCAUUUAAUACUGACACACUUCAAUGUUUCUAGGUAAAUUAGAAAUUUACUAACGAGAAAAUCAAGCAAAUAACGCAACGUUUGCAGAAUAUAUGAGAAUGAUAAAAAACACACAAUUUAAAAAUACUAUUUUCUAGUCUAAUAUAUUGAAUACUAAAUCAAAUAAUUUAUUGAUGCAAGUAUAAUUACUACUACAUAAUAAAAUGAAACGAAUUAAUCUUACUUAGCUAUACAUAUAUAUUAGUGGAACGAGACGAAAACAGGAACAGAAAUCUAAAACGCAGUGCUGUUGAAAUAAAUUGAAAAAAAAAACCGAAGCAAACAAUAUAACGUUCAAUGAAUAAAAUAUUUCUAAACAAUCUUCACACUUAUCUAAUAUACCACUACGCAAUAGAAC